AUGCUGGCGCAAGCUAAUGAUCAAGUUCGAACAGCUACCGUGCCGCUCAUUUUUAUAUACUUUUUUUUCUACGACUUUGCGUAUACGGCGAUGCUCGUGUUAUACACGCUCGAGAUUCUGCCUUAUAAUAUUCGUGCCAAAGGGUUUGCAAUUAUGAAUAUUACUAUCUAUUCUACCAAUGCUUUUAACUCGCUUGUCAAUCCUGUAGCCCUGGACACCAUAGGAUGGAAAUACUACCUCUUUUACUGCGGAUGGCUUAUCUUGGAACUCCUAUUCGUGAUGGUGUAUAUUGUCGAGACGAGAGGUGAUUGUUAUCUCUUUGCCUCAUCGAGCUCUUGUGGACUGUUGCUUUUUUAG